AUGGAAGACGUGAAAGUAAAUGACCAGGUUAUGGUCUACGGCUUUAGAGGUGUUGUAAAAUAUAUUGGCAAAAAGGAAUAUAUUAAAAAGCCAACUGGAAAUGUAGUAAAUCAACUCGUCGGUGUUGAGCUUGUCAAAAAACUGCCUCAGUGCACUAAUGGAAAUCUUAAUGGAACUAACGUGUUCGAUACCAAGGCUGAAACAGCCUUGUUUAUCCCCUUAGAAACAUUAAAACCCUAUGAUGAAAAGGAAGCAGCCUCAACGAGAAUACAAGCGACCGUGAGAAUGUUUCUAGCAAGAUCCAACUAUAUUAAGACCAUGUCGUUCCAUUUUUGGAACCAUAUGGAAAGCCUACAGGAGUUUAGAACACUUGAAUCUAAAAAGAAUGUAUUACUGCCUAUUAUCGAACGUUUGAAAUAUCAUUAUUCAAAAAAGGAUUCUUAUUUGAUCAAAUCAGGAAUUCUAAGAAGAAGGUUUUCUGACCAGACCUUCGAAUUUGAAAGGAAAGAUUAUCCGCCUUCAGAUUAUAACGGACCGAAACUGGGUAAGGUCGUAACCCUCAAAUUUGCCCAUGAACUAUUGGACAUGUACAAAUCUGGAGCUAACAUCCAACUUCCAAUAGACUACGCGCAAAAGAUUAUGCUUGAUAUGUUAAUGUGGUAUCAGAAUAAUGAUGAAGGGGUUAUCAACCAUAUUUCCAUCCCUACACACGACAACAGUAACGUUAUCAUAGUAGGAGACCUUCACGGUCAGCUUAAUGACUUGUUGUGGAUAUUUUAUAAGUUUGGCCCUCCGUCUAAAAGAAAUGUGUACUUAUUUAACGGAGAUAUUGCCGAUAGGGGCACCUUUGCAUCCAACAUUUUUCUGUUGUUGUUUGCAUUCAAAUUGGCCGAACCCACUUCUGUUAUAAUUAACAGAGGUAAUCAUGAGUCUGACGAUAUGAAUGAAACGUACGGAUUUACUGGUGAGGUUAAAUCAAAAUACGACGGUCACAUUUACAAUUUAUUCCAAAAACUUUUUUGGGAGCUACCACUAGUUAUUAUCAUAGAGAAAAGAAUUAUAGUCGUUCAUGGAGGACUUUUCAGAGAGCAUAACGUAACUUUGAAUGAAAUAAGCCGUGUCAAUCGUAAGAGGACUUGUCCAGCAAGUCCAGAUAAACGGGAAGAUAGCUUAAUGUUUGAUUUGCUAUGGUCAGACCCGCAACGUGGAAAAGGAAUUGCUUCAAGUAGUAGAGGUGCGGGUUGUAUAAGAUUUGGGCCUGACAUCACAGAAAAAUUCCUAGAAAUGAAUAAUUUGGAAAUUUGUAUUAGAUCACACCAGGUUCCAGACACACUCAGGGGAAUAGAUAUUCUACACAGCGGGAAAUGUAUUACUUUGUUCUCAGCCUCUAACUAUUGUCAAACUACCCACAACACUGGAGCUAUUUUGAUUUUCACACAAGGUUUAAAGUUUGAAGCGCACGAAUAUAUAUCACCCUCACUAGAAUCUAUUCACUCCCUGGAAAAUAGCACAAACAAAGUAACUCAAAAGCUUCUUGAGUCCACCGUUUUUGGAAGGAUGGAACUUGAGGAGAAAAACAAAAAGAGGAAACCAAUUUAUGAAAAUUGUACCCAGGAUGUGAUGAUGAAAAUCUGUGAACUUAUUUGCGAACACAAGCAGAAACUAUGGCUUAACUGCUACAAACACGACAAGAAUAAAAAUGGAACUAUUUCACCUGAGGCCUGGAGGAAUGCUCUCGACGAUUUGGCCAAAACUACCAUACCUUCACUCUUCAGCAUCAAACAGCUUAAAGCUGUUUGCGAAAAUACUGGCCUCGUCCACUACAACGAAGUGUUAAAAAACAUUAUCAUAGGUUUCGAUCCAGUUAGACACGGCCAUCAACAUCUAAGAAGAGAGUUCAUUUCACAUAUCUUUGACACAAUGGUUAAAUCUGAUUUAAACCUAAGGGAGUUAUUGAUGAUUUUUGAUAGAAACUUGGACGGCUCAGUGUCAUAUUCUGAGCUUGAUGAUGCCAUCAGAAAAUUAAGCAUUGGAUUGUCAUAUCCGCAAAUCAAGAUUUUAAUCAGAACUAUUUUCUCGAGUUGCCUCGACGGCACCAGUCAGGGAAAGGCUGACAUUGUAGAAUUUUUAAGUAAGCUAAAGGUAAUAUACUCCGCUUCAAUCAAGUAUCAUCCAACUGAAGAAUGGAUGGAAAAGGCUCUUCCAUCAAUUGGUCGUCUAAUUUUAUCAAAUAGGGUUGAAUCUGCUCUUAAGUACUGCAACCCAAAUAAUAACAUUGAAAAUUUGGAGAAGGAAAGACUCGAGAUUAAUAGGAGAAGAUCCUCUGCAAUAAGGGCAUUUGCACUAUUCCAAAAGUUCCAAGAAUACGAUAAAGCUGGAGAAGGCCUGCUUUCCUAUGAUGAUUUCGUCAAAGCUUUAAAGACUCUAGAUCUCUCCAAAGCAGAAGAAGAAAUAGGUGUAAAACUCACUGAUCACCAUUUGACUGAGUUAGCAAGGAUGAUCGACUUUACAAACUCCCAGAAAAUCAAUUAUCUUGAAUUCCUACAGGCAUUUUAUGUAGUUGACGAGAGCAAAUACUCAGUAGUUGACGAGAUGUGGCAUCAUAUAUGCGCUACUAUGUACAAUCAUAAAAACAGCCUUAAAAGGGCGUUUAGCUACUACGAUAAGGAGCACGUAGGGAAGGUUUACGUUAAUGAAUUCAAAGAAGUUCUUUACGUAUUGAACGAGAUUAUAGGAGGACAAGAAGCACCUCUAACCAUGGAACAAACGGAAGUUUUGGUUGAAUGCAUAGAUACCAACGAGGAGGGAAUGAUUCUAUACGAUGAGUUUUUGGAAUCUUUCAAACCAAUGUACACAUUAAACGAUUAA